AUGGCAACUGCGGAAUCAAGUGGUAUUGUUCAUCCUCAUGAUCAUGAUGUGCUUUCAGGGAGAGGAAAUUUUGUGAAUUAUCAUGCUGGUAAUGAGCAUUUCCGAGGGCUUGUUCGGAAACAUAAGGUGGAUUACGUGCAGUGUCCAAAACCUCAGAAGGGCAAGUUCUCCAAGAUGAUCGUCGACGAAAUCAAGAGCCGAAACCCUCCUGGUCGCUUUCUGAAACAAGAUGGAGCAACGAAGCUUUGGUAUGAUAUAGGAGAAAAGAAAGCAUUGGAUAAAACGCGGCAGGCCCUACGAGAAGGUGCUCCAGACUUGGUGAAAGAGAUGACAGGCGAUGAGGGAAGUGAGGGGGAAGACCGACAAGUACAAAAUCAACAAACCGUAAUUGGCAAUGCCAGUGUUGCUGGACUAGCAAGCCCAACAUUCUCUGCUGGCGGGUUUCAAUCACCAGUGAUGAACAUGCGGAAUCAUCUGCACAUUUCGCCGGCAGCUCUUUUGAAUGCACCUCAACUGUUAUCCCCUGGAAUGAUGAUGAAUGGGAUGUCACCGGCAAUGCAACAACAAAUGUCGGCCAAUUCACUAGGAAUGAAUCGCGGUCUUGCAAACAAUAUGGGACACAACAAUAUGAGUCAAGUGCUUCCACCACCCCAGGUUCACAGCGCUUCAUUGGAUCAGUUACAACACAACUUGACUCCACUGCAACAGCAACAAAUGUUAUUGAAUCAACAAGUAAUGAAUCAGCAAGCACUCAAUAAUGGAUUCAGCGCUUUGCAGCAGUUUAACAACACACAAUCCGAAUUGGAGCAAGCAAUGCUGGUGAAUGCAAAGUUGGAGCAUGAGAUGCAGAUGAUGCAGAACAAACUGAACUCGAUUUAUUCAAACGAUCAUCAACAACAGUUGGAACCAACACCAAUACAAACAGCAUCAUACGACAAACCAAUCACGCCACAAAUGCCAGCAGCAAAUACGGUUGAAGCUGCGUCACCCAAACUGGAAAUUCCGACAGGACAAAAUCCCAGAAGGAAGGCUCCCCCUUCCCUCCUCGUUCGAGAAGACAGUCUGAAAAUGGAAAGAAUAUUUGCCUCGCCCGCUUCCGUCCAAAAGAAGAAGGCCGACUUGAAUGGAUCAGCAGGAGGUCUGUCUGUGAUGAGUAUGUCCAUAGCUGAUAUGCAGGACGACGGAAACCUAAGUGCUGUGUUUGACAGCAGCGUGUCGCUAAGGGAUCAUAGUCGCAAGCUUGACAACGGGAGCAGCAGAAGAGGCAAGAGAUCAACAGAGUUCGACAUGAGCAUCGCCACACUUGGUGAAGCAGGGAACAUGAGUGUUAAUACAUUAUCGAUGCACGAAUCCGAUGCAAAUGUUUCAGCCUUUGGAAAUGUGUUUGAGGAUCAUUCGUGA